CAGAGGCAGAAAUACCACCAUGAAUCUCAUUGUAUGACCUUUCCAAAGGUCUCCAGUUCUUCCAUGGACGAUAUUGUCGAGUUUCCCGCUGCAAAGCGACAGCGGCGAGUAGAAGAUGACAAUACUGCUAUUGCUGAAGCCACCGAUAUAUCUCCCAGACAAUCCCCUUCUUCCUCACGUUUAUUUGCUCCUUUCCGGACCCUCGGUCUAGUUUCUCCCACAAAUGUCCCCUUCACCUCAGUACCCUUGGGCAAAACUACCUUUCAAAUCACGACUUGCGUUGGUAACAGCCUUCACACGUACGACUUACGCAGAGGUCUGAACCUGGUCUUUCUAAGCCGUCCGAGCUGUCCCAAACCGAUCACCGCCACCUACGCAUAUCGUGACCGAGUUUUCGUCGCUUGGGGUGGUUUGCAAUCGAACGAGCCUCGAGGGCUGUGGAUCUUCAAGAGGGGACAUUUGGUUGCAGAGCUUGACACUCGAGUAACUGCCCAACAAUCCAUCCAACAGAUCUUGGUCUUUGGCUCUUGGGUCAUAGGUUGUGGUUCAGAGGCUAUAGAAGUAUGGAAAUCCGAUUCCUACGAACAUUACACCACCAUUCUUCCAACUGGCCGUACAACAGCUCAACAUGCUCGCAAUGUCUUUUCAGGCUUGAUUUGCACUUUGCCCACCUUUCUCAACAAAAUUUUUGUCGGCAGACAUGAUGGUAUGGUAGAGAUUUACAAUGUCAGCACCGGUAAAUUGGUCCAUUCCAUAAUAUCUCCGUCGGCCACCUCUGGAUCUGUCACUGCCCUAAGUCCCGCGUUGGCACUAGGCCUAGUUGCUAUAGCGUACUCCGAUGGCACCCUCCGAAUUUUCGAUGUCGAAGCAGACGAGCCAGUGCUCAGUCUACAACAAAAGAAUACCACAAAACCUGUGACCUCAAUCACUUUCCGCAGUGACGGUUUGGGUGCUGGCGAAGACGGACGCGUCGACGGAGUCAUGGCCACGGCAAGUGUCGAGAGCGGGGAUGUCGCUUUGUGGGAUCUCAAUCGUGGCGGACGGUUGACUGGUGUCUUGCGUGGCGCCCACGAAACCUCCAAUGCGGCUUCCAGAACCGGUGUCACCAAAAUUGAAUUUCUUCCGGGGCAGCCAGUCCUGAUAUCCUCUGGAAGAGACAAUGCAUUGCGAUCGUGGACCUUUGACCAGAUGCCAUUUUCUCCAAUCCCCCGAAUACUCCACUCGCGAAGCGGUCAUGCUUCCACUAUAACUACCCUCAAAUUUCUUCCCGCCGCAUCCGAUGGAUCUGACGCUGCGGGCAAAUGGCUUUUGUCUGCAGCACACGAUCGUAGUCUUUGGGGAUUCAGUCUGCGCAAAGACGGUCAGAACACGGAGUUGAGCCAGGGCGCAGUCAAAGCAAAGGCUCGAAAGACAGGUGCCAGCGCUGAUGACGGGCCUGGAGUCGAGAGCUUCAAGGCACCUCCCAUCAUCGAUAUCGCAUGCUCUCUUAACAGAGAUGGAGGCAUGGGCUCUGUUAGUGGACCGAUAUGGACCAACUCCAAGGGUUCCAACGCAGAAGAGUCGAGCAUGACUGGGUGGGAGAGCGUCGUAACUGCACACGCGGACGAUCGCUUUGCUCGAACCUGGUCUUGGGGUCGAAAACAGGCUGGAAGGUGGGCUUUCGAGACAAGUGAUCGCCAACCCGUCACAAGUGUUGCUGUGACCACUUGCGGAACUUUCGCCAUCAUUGGUUCUGCUUCUGGGGCGAUAGACAUGUACAACCUGCAGUCUGGUGCUCAUCGGCAGCGAUAUCCACCAAAGUUAACUCCUGCUCAGGCCAAACAACUAAAAUCUACGAACGGCCAGGUGAAUCAAGUCUCAAUUCCUGCCAGAGGACAUACAGAUGCCAUCACGGGCAUCAUCACCGACAACCUCAAUCGAGUCAUGGUAUCGACCAGUUCAGACUGCACCAUGAUAUUCUGGGAUUUCUCGACGGGCAGAAUUCUGCAAAAGAUAUCCUUUGACUCGGUCGUUCCAACUGCGAUCCGGUACAAUCCCGUAUCAGGGCUUCUUGCCCUAUCGUGCGAUGAUCUCUGCAUCCGCAUCAUCGACAUCGAGACUCGAAAGACUGUACGUGAACUCUGGGGUUGUAGAGGACAGAUCUAUGAUUUCUGCUUCUCACACGACGGGCACUGGGUUGUGACAUGUUCGAUGGACUCGGUCGUACGAGUAUUUGACCUCUCCACCGGACAUCUCAUUGAUGCCUUCAAGAUCGAAACGUGCACCAGCGCUGCAUUCUCAAGUACAGGAGAAUUCCUGGCGACCGCCCACACGGGAAGUACUGGCAUCAACAUCUGGUCCAAUAAGGCGUUAUUCACUCAUAUCACGACCAAACAAAUUGACCCAGUCGAUGGAAUUAUAGACCUCAGCGACACUGCACAGUUCCAAGCAGCAAGUCAAUUAGCCAUAGCAAGCGGCCCUGAGGAGACCGACCAGCCUUACGACGGAGAAGCGAUGACCUCAGAUACUGACCAACUCGAUAGAAGCCUUCUCACACUAUCUCUGGUACCCCAAAGUCGAUGGCAGACGCUACUCAACCUGGAAAGUAUCCGCCAACGAAACAAGCCCAUCCAACCGCCAGAAAAACCCAAAGCAGCGCCAUUCUUCCUAGGAUCCACCCUCACCAACGGACAAGCCAACACCAAAGCACUCACAGAAGACUCAACUGUUGACGACAGCGAGCGAUCGCGAAUUUCUCGACUAGCGCUGACCAGCCAAAGCAACGGCCAGUCACAACUCACCACACUCCUCUCAAACUUCGACACAACCGUCAACCACGACCCUAAGUCCAUCUGCGACUACAUGGCCAGCCUACCCCCAUCGGCCGCCGACCUGGAAAUUCGCUCUUUGAGCAUCGAUGAAAUGCCUAUUUUCAUCCACGCUCUGACUGAGCAACUACAUCUCCGCAAAUCCUUUGAACUGGUCAAUACCUGGAUGAGUGUUUUCCUUAAGCUACACGGCGACAUCAUCAGUGAAGUCGACGACGUCAAUGACGCGGUCUUGUCGUGGCGAAAGGCAAUGGAAGCCGAAGAGAAGAGAUUAGCCCAAUUGGUUGGAUAUACAAAGGGAGUGGUAGAAUUUCUGAGGAGUGCUAGAUAGAGUUGGCAUCUAUCCAUCUAUAGUGAUCAGAAAUCACAAUCAUAUUGUGGCUCUCCGACAUGAAAUCAACCGAGGUAUACUGCCGCUCGUCU